AUGUCGACGGCCACGACAUCCAAGAUUAUGCUGCUUAUGGCGUUCAUGGCCGCCGCACUGAGCUCCGUCUCGAUGGCCAGCGGGCUUCGCUACAAUUUCUACAACACAUCAUGCCCGGGUGCCGAGGACAAGGUGAGGGGCGUCGUCCAGGGCCUGAUGAGCAACGACCCCACCAUGGGCGCCGCAUUUGUCCGACUCUUCUUCCACGACUGCUUCGUCAGGGGUUGUGAUGCGUCCAUUCUGCUGGACCGGAGCACGAGCAACCCGAGCACUGAGAAGCAAGCAAUCGCUCUGCGCGGAUACGACGCCGUGAACAAGAUCAAGGACGCCCUAGAGGCCAUCUGCCCGGGCGUCGUCUCCUGCGCUGACAUCCUCGCCUUCGCGGCGCGCGACUCCACCACCGCCUCCGGUGGCUUCACCUUCGGCAUGCCCUCCGGCCGCCGUGAUGGUCUCUUCUCCGUCUUCGGCGAGGUGUUCCAACACAUGCCUUCGCCAUCGUCACAGCUCGAGGAUCUCCUCAAGAGCUUCAACGACAAGGGCCUUGACGCCGUCGACCUUGUGGCGCUCUCCGGCGCGCACUCGUUCGGCCAAACAUCCUGCAACUUCGUGAAACCAAGGUUGUACCCCGCCGAUACUACCAUGAACGCCACAUUUGCGACGGUGCUGAGGAGCGUGUGCCCGCAGCAAGGCGGGGGAUCGAUCUUGGUGAACAACAACCUUGUGUCGCAGGACCCGAACAAGCUGAGCAAUGCAUUCUACCAGAACGUGGCAUCUAGGCAGGUUCUGUUCACGUCAGACCAGACGCUGACGAGCCGCAACGACACGGCGGCUAUGGUCGCCGACAACGCGGCAAAACCCAUCGCGUGGAUGGCUAGGUUCGCAGGAGCCAUGUUGAAGAUGGGCCGCAUCGACGUUCUCACUGGGGCUUCCGGCGAGGUCAGGAAGGUCUGCUUCGCCACCAACAGCGCGACCUAG